AUGGCUCUUCCCCUGGCCGGAAAACACUGCGCCGUCGUCGGGGCCACCGGCCUCAUCGGCUCCCGGAUCGCCGCCGCCUUUGCUUCCCGCGGCGCCGUCCUCUCCCUGCUCGGCCGCUCCGUCCUCGACGCCCAGCCCCGGCUCGAGCCGCUGCUUACCCCGUACUCCCCGGGCGAUGGCGGUGAGGCCAGCAGCAGCCCUUUGAGGCACCGCUUUAUUCGUCUUGAUGUAGCGAAGCGGGACACCAUCAAGGGUGUGUUUGGCGGUCGUGAUCAUACGCAAGAUGAUGCUGUAGGCCCCGUAGAUAUUCUCGUCAACUGUGCUGGCAUCAGCCAAACCUCAUUUCUAAAGAGGACCUCGGACGAGGAGCUUGGCGAUAUCAUUGAUACGAACCUCAUGGCGACUAUGCUCGUCUGCAAGCAUGCCAAAAUCCGUCCUCACGGAUGCAUCAUCAACGUCUCAAGUCUCAUGGCCACAAAAGGCGGAUCCGGUGCCACAGCAUACGCUGCCUCAAAGGCCGGCGUCGUCGGUUUUACCCGUGCCCUUUGUCGUGAGCUUGGUCCUCGCUCCAUCCGCGUGAACGCUCUGCUUCCCGGUUGGGUAGCCAGUCCCAUGUGGGAUCACCUCAAGCCAGAAUUACAGGCCGCCUUCCUCAAAGACACCCCGUUGGGUCGUGUGGGCGCUCCUGAGGAGGUGGCCGAAGCCGCCGUCUUCCUAGCUUCCAACGCCUUUGCAAACAACUGCGUCCUAAACCUCGAUGGUGGUUUAAGUGCUGCGUGA